UAUCUAAUCAUUUUGUAUGCUAUUGUCAUUCGUGUAACUCUCUAACUUAGCUAUGAAAUCUUAUCAAUUUGUCUUUUAUGUUUUUCUUUUUUCUUUGACCAAUGUCCAUUCUAAAUUUACAUCGAAUAUCUCUGUUCGAAUUAGCAAAGGAUAUGAUGAUUAUACUUAUCGACAAUCGGUCUUGUUACGAUUUGGAUUUGGUUCAUCAGUUUGGUCAACAAUUGACUCUGUUGAUUUGAAUAGUUUAAAGUUGACUGGUCAGUGUAUCCAAAGUCUAAAAACUGUUAACCAAUCAAUUGGAUUAGGUGAACAUUGGCCAUUCAAGUUGAUUGAAUCUUCAGGACGAGCUCCUAGUGACCUGACUGGAUCUGGUUACCUUGAUAUUGGUAAUUAUGAUCAAUGUUUGGGAUUAUCUUGGACUAGAAACAAUCAAAGUGAAUCAGGAAAACAUUGUCUAGUUUCAGUUAAUCCAGUUGAAUCAACUGAACAAUCAGAUGAUUAUCAUCUAUUUACUAGAGACAAAGUAAUUUUUCAUAAAGCUGGUUUUUCAAUAAAAAUUGGAUUUUGUUUACCAUCAUCAUGCUCAUCAGAUGAUAUUCACACUUUAGUUCAAAAAGGAUUGGAAAGUUACUCAUGGAAAGUGAUUGCAGUUGAUUCAUGUCAAGUGAAACAAUCAAUAUCUGAUAAACUGAUUGAAUUACCAAUUGGCUCAAAAAUUAGUGUAUCAAUAUUAGGUUCAUUCGUCGGCUUAAGUAUGAUUUGUUCCUUGAUUGUUUUGAUGUUUCCGAAAAAUCAAAUUGGAUGGAUUAAAUGUUUUCGAUUGAGACUAAUUGGAAAGCCACAUUUUCGCCACCAAUUGAAAAUAACAGACUUCGAUACAUUUUCGUCUCCGAAAUUAUCAUGCACUUCGGUGUACUAAUCUUCCAUGCAAUAAUAUGGCCUAUUUUUUCUCAUGGUGGAUCACUUUACGGUUCCCAAAAUCCGAUGACUAAAUAUAAAGAAAGUGCUUGGAUUAAUGUCAUUUCAUUUGACAGUAUAUUUGAUGCAUUGUUCAUUAUCCC